AGCUGAAUAAAUGGAUUUGAAGAAAGAGUUGGAAAAGGACUUCAGUAAUCCCCAAGAUUUGGCCAAAGCUAUGAAAAACAUUUGAGAAAGAAAUGGAUGGAGAAUCGAAGAUAUGAAGAAUAUGAAUCUGACAGAAGAUGAUAUUCCCAGAUCACUCACAAGACACAUAAUCUGGGAAAAGAAGCAAAAAUAAAGCUAUUAAAGAGUACCAAAAGUGAUUAGAAUCAUACCAGGAAUUCCUUGGCAAUUUUACUUUGAAUGGCUUCAAGUCUGAUGAGCUCAAAGAUGCAUUAUAUGAGGCAAAAAAAAGAAAGGAGGAGCUUAAACAUGAGGUAGAUGGGAUAAAAAAGAAAUACCCAACUGAGUUUAGGAAACUAGAUGAAGAAGAAGAGCUCAAAAUAUUUUCAGAUGUCUUGGAAAAUGCAGAUUGUAGUGUCAGAAAACUCAAGGAGACUGCAGAUGGAGGUCUAAAUGAAAUGAUUGAAGAUAUCCAUGGUAGAUAUGAACAUAAUGACAGAGAAGCUGAUUUUCAGCUGAAAAAAGCAGAAACUGAAUUAAAGCGUAUUGCAUUAAAUUUAAAAGAACAACUCUUAGAGAAUAUUGAUCAGAGAAAAGAAGAAACUAAAGAAAUUAUUAAGAAUGUUAAAUCAGAAUUAGAUCUUACAGUGUGUAAUUCUAUGGAAGAAGAACUAGAAACACUGAAAGAACCUGAAAAUUUUAAGCAAAUAAUGCAAAAACAUGGAUUUAUAGCUGAGAGAAGGGCUAAGGAAAAGAGAUCCUUUAGUUAUAAAAAUGUUCAAUUACAAAAAUUAUCAGAAAUAUUGAAAGAUUUGAUUGAUUGAAAUUUUAAUGCAAAGAAAGACCUAGCCCUUCAAAAACGAAUUCAAGCAUUCAUGAUAGAUUUAAAGAUGAAAAAUAUGACCAUGAAGAAAAAUCCUGAAAUAAUUUAGAUGUCCAAGUUGAAACAGUAAAAUUAAAAAGGACUUACCAGAUGACAGUGCAAAAGUGUUAGAACUUUUAGCUAAACCUAUUAUGGCAAGGGUAGAAUUCGAAGAAGUGAAGGAAAAAUAUGAAAGCAAUGUAAAAGAUGCUGUAGAAAAAUUCCAUCACAGAAUAAAGAAGAAGAAUGCAGAGAUAAUCAAAAAUAAAAUAUUGCCAAGAUUUAAAAAAGUUUCAGAAAAUUUGAAUGAAAUGCUACAGAAACUAGAAGAUGACAAAGAAAGACAAAAAGGUUUGAUCAAGGAAAAUAAUGAAUUAAGAAUACUAAUCAGCAUCACUCAAAAUAACCUUGAAACUUAUGCUAGCUGUUCCGAUGAUAUUAAAAAGUUUUCAGAACAAGAAACCAAAUACAGCCAAGCUCUUAAACAAGUUGGGGAUUAUGAACAAGAUAUUAAGCAUCUUAGAGAUAAGAAGGAAUAUCUUGAAAGGUUAAUUAAAGAAAAGUCAAGACCCUUGAGGAAAAAGAAGGCCGAGAAAGCUGAAGCAACUGAUGUUUAUACAUUUAUGUAUCGGAGCACAAGAAUAACUGUGAGAAAGAAUGAUCUUGUACAAGAAUAUGUAGAUGCUAUUGUUAAUCCAGCCAAUGAAGAUCUCAUUCAUGCUGGAGGAGCACCAAGAGCUAUUGCCUCUAAAGCUGGGCCUGAAUUUGAGAGAGAAUGUGAAGAUUAUAUUUUAGAAAACUAUAAAUUGAAAACAGGAAGCUCUAUGGUUACAUCAGCUGGUGGAGAACUUAAAUGUGACUAUGUUAUUCAUACUGCUGGCCCGAUAUAUGAAAAGAAUAGGAAGAAUCAUGCAAGAGAAUUUGAGCAAUUGAAAAAGUGCUUUGAGUCGAUAUUAACAAUAAUGAUUGACAGAGACUUUUAUGAUAUAUCUAUUCCAGCUAUUUCAACAGGACUAUUUGGAUUCCCAAUUAAGAAAUGUGUCGAGAUCUGUGCAAAAACCAUUAAAAGUAAGAUUGAUAACAAUCAGGGAGAAUUUGAAGGAAAAGAAAUUAUUCUUUGAAACAUUGAUGGCAAGACCACAGAUGUUUUCGAAAAAUGGAUUGAAAAAUAUAUGGAACAAGAGAGCGAUGAUGAAGACAGUGUCGAAGAAAGAAAAGACAAUUACGAAGAUGAAGAAUCCAUAGAAACAGCUCAGAACAAUGAGGAGGAUUACUCUUCAGAGAGGGAUGGAGCUCUUGAUGAUAAUCGUGUUGAAGCUCCAGGGGAUAAUGUGGAUAGUGACUACUAAAUUAUCUGCCCUAUCAUUUUAGACA